AGUGUCAGAGGUUAGGGGCAAGAAUACGUGCAGUAUUUGAAGCAAGCACACAGAUCUGGAUCCCACUCAAAGCACUCGACUCGGACACUCAGCACACUCACUCACUCUCUCUCAUCACUCGGUCCUUGUCCUCUAUAAACUUCAGAGAGAGACCCAACAGAGAGAGAUACGAGGAGGAGAGAGAAGAAAAUCGAAACCAAACCAAAGCUAGAGAGAGAAAAGCUCAGAACCCAAAAUCCCAGCAGUGCAGCAGCAGCAGCAGUGAAGCAAUUGAUGGUUCUUCUGCCGCGGCAAAAGAGGGCCUAAAAACUAGAGAGAAAAGGCGGUGGUUUGCUUUUGUAGUAAAAGUUUGACUCGGAUGUUCCAUAGCUAUAAGAUUGGGAUUUUAUACAAUUUAUAGCAAAUAAUAUGUUUGAAGUAGUUGAGCUGCAGGAAGACACACAGAAACCAGAACAGCAGCAACACUCCUACUCCUUUCAUCUUUCGUGGGAAUAUUAAGAUAGAAAGAAAGAGAAAGAGAACACUACUCUCUAUCUCUCUCUCUCUCUCUGUUGUACUCUUCCUCCUACUCAUCACAAAAACAAGUUGGUAGGUAAAAGGGUUGGGAAAAAGCAAAAGAAAUUGAAAUUUUCACUUGUUCCUCCCAAGAAACACAGAAAUUUUUUAGGGUUGGUGGUGCGAGUGAAGUACCAGUUCCUGUUCCAAGACACACACCAACCCAACUUCUCUAUCCGCCAUGGAUUCCUACGAAGCUACAAGAAUUGUGUUCUCAAGGAUCCAAAAUUUGGACCCAGAAAAUGCUUCAAAAAUCAUGGGUCUACUUCUGAUACAAGACCAUGGGGAGAAGGAAAUGAUAAGGCUUGCUUUUGGGCCUGAAGCUUUUCUCCACUCGGUCAUUCUCAAGGCAAGGAAGGAGCUGGGAGUGCCUUUAUCAUCGAACUCUUCUUCUACUCCUUCCACCCCCCCUUCUCCUUCCCCCUUCACAAACCCCAUUGCUAUCUCCAGGCAGAACUCUUGCUCUUCCGCCUCGAGGCUCUCUCUCACUAUCCCAAACCCUUGUUCCUCGGCUUCCUGGGCUGCUCUCUCCGAGCUCAGAAACCAAGAAGAAAUAAACAGCUUUUAUGGAGGAGUUCCAACUGAUGUGAUGGAUGAGUUUCAGCUCCAAGAGCAGCUGUCCUUCCUUAACGACGGCUGUCCGCCACCAAUGGUGGGACCCAAGUCGCCUGAUUUUUUCUACCCUCAGUCCGACUUGUCUUCCAGUCCCAGUCUCACCACCGCUUCUGAUCCGAACCUUUUCCCCUCCUUCCACGGCUCUGCUAAUUGGGGUGGUGGAGGCGGUGGCGGUGGUGGGCCGCUCCACCGACGAAGUUGCUCAGUCAGCGACGUGAGCUUGGAGGACCCCAACUCAGGGUUUGGGUGGAAACCCUGCUUGUAUUUCGCCAGAGGCUACUGCAAGAACGGAGCCAGCUGCAGAUUCUUGCACGGCGGCGGGCUUGGAGACGCCGUCGUCGACGGCGGUGGACAGGUGGUUGUUGGGUCGCCGAGCAAGCUUGAGAUGAUGGACCACGAAGCACUUCUUAGAUCUAAAACCGCUCAGCAGCAGAGACUUGCUACUGCUUCUCAGCUCAUGGCGGCGUCAGCCAACUCCUUCCCGUACUCCUACAAGUGCAUGAACUUCCUUCUUCAGCAGCAACAAACUGACGCCCAAAGGGCUGCAGCAGCUGCCUUGAUGGGUGAUGAUAUGCACAAAUUCAGCCGAUCCCGCCUCGAAAGAUCCGAUUUUUCGAUGAAUGGCGGGGCGGGGAUUGUGAACCCAGCUUCAAGGCAGAUAUACCUGACUUUCCCGGCCGAGAGCACUUUCAGAGAGGAAGAUGUCUCAAACUAUUUCAGUAUUUACGGGCCGGUUCAAGACGUGCGAAUCCCGUACCAGCAGAAGAGGAUGUUUGGAUUCGUUACAUUCGUUUACCCGGAGACGGUGAAGCUCAUCUUGGCCAAAGGGAACCCUCAUUUUGUUUGUGAUGCAAGAGUGCUUGUCAAGCCUUACAAGGAGAAGGGCAAAGUUCAUGAAAAGAAACAACAGCAACAAGGAGAAAGAGGAGAUUUGUCUCCCUGUGGUACACCUACUGGGCUGGAUGCUAGAGACCCUUAUGAUCUCCAACUAGGACCGAGGAUGUUUUACAAUCCUCAAGAUAUGCUAUGGAGAAGGAAGCUGGAGGAGCAAGCUGAGUUGCAGCAAGCACUUGAAAUUCAAAGUCGAAGACUGAUGGGCCUGCAGCUACUUGAUGUCAAGAAGCAUCACCACUGCACGCUUUCUGCCAGCAGUCCGAUUCACUCCCCUACCCAGUCUCCCAACAUGUUCAAUCAAAACCUGGUGCAUCCUUCGGUUCACAGCGGCCAAGAAGUUCCCCACGAUAACUGUUCUUCUCCGAUGCCACACAUGACUCCAGCAGUGGAUGCCGAUCAGCUGCUUAAGGAAGCAGCUGCCGCUGUUCUAGGUGAAGGUUCAAUUGCCAACAAUGACGAAAAUGGCAGUGGUAGCCAAAGUGGCAAUAGUAGUGGCAAGGAGACCCCCCAUGAUGAGAUUGGUGACUUGCUCGAAGGCUUGGAGCACAAUCUUCCCGAUAGUCCUUUCGCAUCUCCAACAAAGGCCGCUGGAGGGUACGCCUUGUCCGCCUUCCCCAAUGGGACUAGCGAGGCCAAUGGUUCCGAUGCCCCAGCUGCAACCGCUAAUAUUAACGUGGCAAAUUCCCUUCUUCCAGCGUCUUCCACCCUGGACAUGGCAUCCUUCAAGUCUUUAAACUGCCAAAUUCCACGGUUGAACUCCGGCCACGGAGCCAUAGGGAUGUACGCCGGCACAGGAGCCGGGCCGAAAUGCCCGGUUGGAACUUCCUAAUCAAGCUUAAUUAGGAGGGUCAACAUGUUUUAAGUAUAACCAAACAAAAGCCACCCCCGACAAUCUGUAGAGAAUCAAAUGAUAUCAAAUCUCUCCACCAGCACCACCAGCACCACCACCACCAUCACCGCCAGCAGCAGCAGUACCACCAUCCAAAUACCCAACAAUACUACUUACUAGUUACUACCAUACAAAAAUGCAUACGUAAAAAGGGCAGUGAAAGGAAGGAAGUGGGUCCCCGUCCCAUCCCCAUUAACCUUUUCCUUCUUUUAUUUGUUGUUUGUACUAUUUUCGGUCACAUCUACUCCCCCCAUUUUCUGCACUAGCUUUAUCAAGUCGGAAGAAAUCAAAGCACCACAGGUUAAAAGAAAAGGAGACACGGUAAAAAAAAAAAAUGUUAGUUUGUUGUAACUUUUGGCACUGUAAUUUUAAUUUUCACCCUUCCAAGUGAAACAAUUGCCUAAAGGUUUAGUGCUAGACGAGUGUUACUGUUAGUCUCUGUUAUUUCAAGUGUAAUCAAAAUCUUUGUACAGCAGAAGCAGAAGAACCCAGAAGAAGCUAUAAGCUGAAGAAAGAAAGAGGUAAAAAGUAAAUUUGUAAGUUUGUAACUACAAAGGCUGAUUCACUGAUAUGAAGGGAAAGCUCGGGAAGAAGGAUAAAUUACUGUCAGAUGAGCUCCAGUUAGAUAUUGGGAAAUUUUUUUGUACCACUAUCAAUCAUGUGUUCCUGCUGCUUGUAGUUGUUAUCAAACGGUAAGAAAAGUUUAGGAACAAUAUCAGAAAUGAAACAAGUCAAGUUGAUACCC